AUGGCCGGUUCAUUUGGGGACGACUGGGUCCACGUCGACAAUGUUAAGGGGUUCAGUAUGACGGUGGGGAUGUUGCCGAGCCGAUGCUCCGAUUAUCCGAGUGACAUGUCGGACAUUGACCCCGAUAUUGACAUUAAUGCGUACUGCGAUGAGCUGAGGAAGGCCAUAACAAACGCCGUUGGGCAUGAAGCUGGUGCUCUCCUGGUUCCGGCUGUGGUUGGAGACAUCCUGACGAUCGCCAUCUUUGGGCUGCUCUGGUGGAGGAGCAAACAGGCUGUUGUUAGGAAGCUGUGUCUAAUCCUCGUGGCCGUCAUCCAGCUAGCCGUCGCCAUUCUGGCCAUCGUCGAGGCGGCACACGUCCUGAAGAAUUUUCGCGUUUCAGCCGAAGGCCUCUCGGCCCUGGGCCUUGGCUGGUGCAUCGAUAUUCUGAUUAUCGGAGGAGCUGCGUCGAUUUUGGCCUCUCCCUUGGCCAUCAUCUCAUUGGUGUUCCCUCCCGCUACACCUGUCAUUGUCGACUCUUCUCGAACCGCUACCGUCUCUACCACAAAGAAAAUACCGUUGGCC